UGACAGAAGGGGGCAGGCAGGUGGGGUUGUGCUCUCCUCCCAGGGAACAAAGGAGAGGACAAGAGGAAACAGCUUCAAGUAGCACCAGGAAAGGUUUAGAUUGGAUCUUGGAGAAAAGUUAUUCUCUGAAAGGGCUGUCCAGCCUUGCCACAGGUGGCCAGGGCAGUGGUGGAGUCCUCAUCCCUAGAGGGAUUUAAAAGCCCUGUGGAUGUGGCACUUGGGGGCAUGGGUUAGUGGUGGCCUUGGCAGUGAUGGAGGAAUAAUUUGACUUGAUGGUCACAGAGAGCUUUACCAACUUAAGUGGGGGUAAAAGUCACCUCUUGCAGAAGAUUUUGCAUCCAGGGCUGGUAUUACACCAACAGCCUAUAGUGGAGUAAGCUAUCCACCUUCCUUUUUUAAUCUCUUUCAAAACCUGUGUGGAAUGUCUCAUUCCAGCACUGCAGGGUGAGAAACUGACUGUUGUUCGAGCACAGCAGAGACACCCUGACAUAAAACAUGAGAAUUCUAACAGAAAAGAACCAGGUUUUCUGGUGCCUCCUCCAGAAGAACUGUGAUCACCAAAGCCUAUUGAGGCUAGGAAUGACAUUGAGUAGUGCUGCUUGGAAGGAAAAUAAAGGGAAAAGAAAAGAAAGUCACUGCUAAUAGAGAGAAAACAGCAGCAUGGUAUAAGUACCUAAACACCAAGUCCCUUUAGGACCUGCUUUCUUAAUGCACCUCUAAAUGCAAUUCAUUAAAGCACAAAUUUAAUUAACAAAGCAUGUAUGGAGAACACUCCAAAGGCAGCAGGUAAAUCAGGAGAGGCCAAGCAAAGGAAAAUCUUGAAAACACUUGUUAUCAGUUCCCACUGGCCCAGCUCCUGCUGGGUUUGCUGGCUACUCAGUGAGCAGUGCCAGCCACGCAGCUGAAAACACUCCAUGUUUUUCUCAGUGUGGGAUAAACAGAUGCAGCUGUGGCCAGAGCCUUAUCAGGGAUCUCAGGGCUCUGGCAGAAAUAAUCCCUGAGUGCUCCAUCGGUGGCAGAGUUGUUACUAGGGUCACCACAGCAGGAGUCACCACCCCAGUCCAGCUGUCCCACCGGUGAAUCUGGCUCUGCCCAUGUGAACACUCCCCUUGCCUCACGGAGAGGAUGGCAGGACAUGGAUCCUUUCCAUGGGCCCUUUGGGAUGUGAAUCCCUGGCAAUGACUCUACUGUAACCCACACCACCUGUCAGAAUUUCCCAAUAAAGAGAAGCACAACUCUUCCACAUGACGUUUAUUAAAAGCCACAAUGAUUUGGUUAGAGUAGCCAAAUCUUCCACUUUGGGGACAUUUCUGCUUUUAUUAGCAGAAUAUUGGGAGAAUUAUUUGGGAGUGGGUGACAAGACCAAGGUGCUCCUGGUAUUCAGGAGGAUAAUUCAGGGGGAUAAGGGCAGCACGCUAUGCUUUGUGGGAUGCAGAAAUUUAUAGUGCUCGUGUUGACAUCUGUGCUCGGUGUUACCUACCAGAAUAUUCAAUCCCGACAGACCACAUCCCACCAGUUUUCUAUAAUUCCUCAGAAGGCUAUCAACUCUGAGAACAGCAUGGCAGUCAAGGAGCAACGGCAGCAGUGGGGAAAGCCGGGCUGAGGUAUUCUGUGCUCCGAGAGCCGCAGGUGGGCUCAUGGUCACUGAACCUCUCCAUCCUCACUGCUCCCCCAGUUCCAGGGCUUCCUCCUGCGGGGGCACGGCCCGGCCAGUGCGCAGGCGUAGGACGCCGCUGGGAGCCGCCAUGCUGUACGGCAGGCGCAUGCCGGGGCGGCGGGGGCGGCCCAUAAAAGGGGCGGCGGGGGCAGUGUGGUCCCGUAGAGGGACCCGGACGGACGGAGGGUGGGCGAGCGGGAGAAGGAGGAGGCGACGGCGACGGCACUGCGGGAUGGCGGAGGGCGGCGAGCGCGUUAUUAUCGAGGAUUUUCUGCUGGUGGAAGAUGCACUUCUGCUGGAAGAGAUGGCUGAGGAGGAUGAGGAGCUCGACCUGUACAACGAGAUGACUUUUGGGUUAGACCGAGACUCCACAGAGGAGGAUGUCCCAAAACUCCUGGUGGUACCGGAGAUAAGCCCUGAGGUGGCCAAAGCACUGGUAGAGGCAACUGGAAGAGCAGCUGAGGAGCUGGACGAGGAGGAAGGUGGGAUGGAGCCAGAGAUGGAGCAGGUUAACUCUCAGUUGGAGGAAGAGGUAGAGGAGCUGGGGACUGAGGAACAGGAGGAAGAUCAGGAGUGCUUUGAGGAGCCCAGUGAACUGGGAGACCCAGCAGUGAUGAGAGCUGUGCGGAGCAAACCCACGCUGGAGAGCCAGGACUCGGCGGUGCUGGACAGCGGGACUGGGACUUGCUGGGAAGAGUUUGGCAAGGCGGACAUGCUGGUAAUGGAUCACACGGCAUGGGGCUCCUGCCCUGGCAGUGUCCCACGCCACCUCAUGCUGGAGGAUAAAGCCAUUCUCCAGGUCCUGGAGAGACCUCCACCAUCUGCCAACAUGGCUCUCGACUUCCUUGGCUCCCCUGUGCAGAGGGGCUACGGGGGGUCUUCCCCGCUCAAGUGCCCUGACUUAAGACUGAUGUCCCCCAAGCCUUUCCCCCAGUGCUUUCUCCCACAGGCGCCCCUGAUAUCUCCUCGCUCCCCGUGCUCUCCUCAACCCUUCCCGCCGGCUUGCAGACUCCCUCCAGUCUUCACUCCCAACCAGACAGCAGGGUAUGUGCCUCCGACCCCUUUCCAGCCUGGGUCCUCCACCGUAGGCAGCCCACCGCGGCCCCUGGGCAUGCACUUCAGGCCCAUGUCCUCUUCUUUGGACCCUGCUCUCUUCUUCAGCCCCUCAGCUACAGGCCAGCUCAACUUCAGCACACCCAGCCACAUGACCCAGCUGCACCCCCAGCACCAGCGCAUCCUGAUGCAGCGGCAGGGCAGGCAGGUGCAGAGUGUCUCCCCCAAGAAGCUGUGGUCUCGUAAAGUGGACCCUUAUGCUGGGCUGAUGACUUCCAAGGAGAAGGACUGGGUCAUCAAGGUGGAGAUGAUGCAGCUGCAGAGUGAGAAUAUUGAUGAUGACUAUUACUACCAGACCUACUACCACCGGCUGGAGCGCAAACAGGCGGAGGAGGAGCUGCUGGGCAGGCGCAACAAGCCCCCCAAGCUGGUCACGCCAUUCAUCCAAAAAGUGGAGACCUAUGACUCUGUGGUGCGCAUCGCUGGGUCACUGGGCCAGGUCACAGUGUCCACCUGCUACAGCCCUCGCCGGGCCAUUGAUGCUGUGCACCACGCCCUCGUAGAGGAGGAGGCUGCAGGGACCCACCGGCUGCGGGCACUGCACAGGAUCGAGAAGCUCUUCCUGCAGCUGCUGGAAGUAGAGGAGGUGCAAGAGAAAAUGUCCCUGGGGGAGCAACAGUCCCAGAGACAGGAGCAGAAGAGCCAAAAAGUGGAGAGUGUCUACCAAGCCUUGAAAAUCAGGGCUUGCAGCAGUGAUGAGGAGACAGAAGAUGAAUUCCUGCAAGUGCUGUGUGUGCGGAAGGGCAAGAAGCUUGUGGCCCGACUGCUGCCCCACCUGAAUGGCGAGCAAAGGGAGAAGAUACUGCUGACAAUCACCUACCACCUGCCCUUCCUCAUGAAGAAGGACAUGCUGGAUGAGUCUCUCCCCCUGCUCUACAGCCCAUUGAAUGAGGUGGUGGGUGAGAUGACCUUCAGCAAACUCAUCGAGGUCCUGCAGGAGCUCACCCGGCCUCUACCCGAGUCUUCGGAGCUCCCCCUCACCAUGGCCUUGAAGAACCAGUUUGGCAUCUCCUUGCUCUAUUCCCUGCUGAGCCACGGAGAGAGGCUGCUGUCCUCGCAUGCACCACUGAAGCCAUGCAGAGGGGACUUCGAGGCAUGGACGGACACUGUGUACCUGAUGUCCCAGGAGCUGUCACGCCUGCCUACAGCCUCGCUGGCAGAGCCUCUCUUCUUGCCCAGCAACCUUGUCUUGCUCUUCUGCCGCUACCUGGACAAGCAGACUGUCUACCACCUGGCAACCAAGAUGGCUGAGUGCUCCCCGCUGCCCACGGAGGCUGACGUGCUCUGCUGAGCCCUGGGAGCUGGGGGAUGGGGUCUGGAGCUGGUGGUGCUGGGAACGGGCAGGGCCCAAUGCCAUGGCUUUGGAAGUGAACACUUACCCUGGUGCGGGGCACUCUGGGUGACACAGGCAGGGGCAGGGCUGGCACCAAGGGGCUGAUGCCACCCUGUCCUGGUGCCUGGGAGCACGGGGGGGUGGGUAGGUGUGACUCAUUUUGGCCUCCCCCUGGCAGUGGUGAGUGCUGGGUCACAGCAGGGGCUGAGGCAGGGCACAGGGGCGCUGGGAGCACCUGGGGGUGGAUUUUGUCUAUGGCACAUUCUGUGCAGUGCUUGAAAUAAAAUAAAAAGGUGAUUAAUGA